AUGCGCUACUGGGGCAGGCCACCUCAGGCGAUUGCGAUUCUCAGGACCCCUCAAUCCAAGGCACCGUGCCGGCUUCAUCACCGAGCUAGGACUGUAACACCGUUCCGAGAACCAGCUUCCGUGAGCUCUCCAGUCUGGAAUUUCCCCUCGUUACGUCGCGGAAUGGCAGAUGAAAGGCCAAGCCAGCCGAGCCCCUCUGUCCCUUUUCAUGAGGCACCUGCCGGCCGCCCUCACCCUAAUGGCAUCGACGUAUUUGCAAGUGCUACAUACUCGCUUGCCCGUGAUGGUCGUGAUUCGCGAGACGCUGACCUCAAAAUGAACGACCGCGACAUGUUGCUCAAUAUCGAGCUUGACAAAGACCACACCUGCGUGCUACACCUGCAAAAUUUGCGUGAGAAUACGCUUGCCGAGGCAAAGAUUGCUGCCGAUAAGUUCCUUGACCAACACAAGCCGCUCGGCGGCCCCCAGAGUACGGUGUACCAUAGAUUUGAUAAAAUUUACAAGGAGAUGGAAUAUCAUAUUCCUCCUGUGUUAGCCGACGUUGAAGACUUUCAAGAAACAAUGUCCGAGGUUGGCGAUUCAGAAUCGAUAUACCCCAAGCUAUACAUGGGGGAGGAGAAAGACCAGGGCUUUGACCCGGUUGCCGAGCUCAUCUAUGCUUCGAACGACUUCCUCCAUCGAGUCAAGGAAAUCCAGUCAAAGUCGAAACCCUUCAGGAAUGAAACUUGCCCUACGAGAACUGCAUCGAUAACAACAAGACAGGAUGACGACUCAGCUCAUAAACAUCUUGCAGAUUAUAUACAGGAGCAGGCCCUGGAGCGUGGCUUCUUCUUUGAUUGCGACGACACAGGUAGUCAAUAG